CCAUAAGCCAUCAAUCACAAAUGGCAGCAAUGCCCUCCCUCAUCCGCCCACUGCUCCUCGUACUCCUGAUCAUGACGGCGCUCAUCACGGCCAAGUCGACGCCCCGCGUGCUCGUGUACACCGCGACAAAGGGGUACCGGCACGACUCGAUCCCGACAGCCAUUGCCGUGCUGGGCCGGGAAGCGGGCGCACACAACGUCAGCUUUGUCUUCUCCGAGGACCCGGCGCUGUUCACCGACGCGUCGCUCGCCGGCUUUGACGGCGUCAUGUUCGUGUCCAACUCUGAGGAGGUGCUCGACCUCGAUGGCCAGGCCGCACUGCAGCGCUUCUUCCAAGGCGGAGGCGUGUACACUGGCGUGCAUGCCGCCUCGGCCUGCCUCUUCAACGACACAAACUACCUCCAGGCUGUCGGAGCGCUGUUCGACUACCACCCGUCCCUCCAGGAUGCCACCUUCCUCCCCCUGACCAAGGACCACCCGUCGACCGCACACCUCCCCGACCAGUGGCGCUACACCGAGGAAGUGUACUACUUCCGCUCCGACCCACGCAGCGUCGGCGCGACUGUCCUCCUCACCGUCGACGAGUCAAGCUACAACAACGACGCGAAGAGCAACGGCAACUACCCGCCCAUGGGCACGCCGCACCCGAUCGCAUGGUACAUUGAGAGCCCUCAGUCGGCCCAGCCUCUGCGCGACGGCGCAGCCAAGGCCGGACGCUCGUUCUACACGUCACUCGGACACCUCAACUCGACGUGGGAGAACAGCACGUUCAUCGAGCACGUGUUCGGCGGACUGACCUGGGCGCUGGAGGGGGCUUCUACACGGGCGUAUGGCGCGGGCCUGGUUGGCGCGGCGGACAACAGCACGGCGUCGGUGUCAGCUUCAGCCUCGGCUUCGGGAUCGACGUCGGCCUCUCGGUCCGCAGCGGCGUCUGGAUCCCACGCCGCGUCUGGCGCCUCCGCCGCACCGAGCGCGACCGGGUCGAGCAAGCCUUCCUCCGCCGGUGCCGCCGCCAGCGUCGCGGGCCUUGCUGUUGGCGCCGCUGUAGUCGGUGCCGCCGCAAUCCUCUAGUAGACAAACUGUACUGAACAAUGCAU